AUUAUACAGAUGAGUAAAAUAACAUUAAGGAGACCGUUAAUUGCAUUAAUCAAUAAGCUACCAUUAUGUCAUAACCAUACAAAGUUGUUGAAUAUUCCGGCUUUUUCAAAACACUUUGGAAUAUCAUCAAAGUUAUGUUAUAGUUCAAUUAGUCAGCCAUUCGCUAAAACACCAACCAGCUUAAUCACAGAGGUGGCACCAGACUUUACGUCGCCAGCCGUAUUCCCAAAUGAUUCCAUGGAGCCUCUAACCUUAUCCACUUACCGGGGUCAAUAUGUUUUGCUUCUUUUUUAUCCCUUAAAUUUUACGUUUGUAUGCCCUUCGGAAAUUUUAUCGUUUGAUAAAUUCUAUGAAGAAUUUAAGACUAGAAACACUCAGGUUAUCGGUAUUUCUGUUGACUCUCAAUUUUCCCAUUUAGCUUGGAGGAAUACACCUCUUCAUCGAGGAGGCAUUUCUAAGAUUAAAUUUCCGCUUGUUUCCGAUUUAUCCAAAUCCAUUUCGAAGAGCUAUGGUGUUUUAACGAAGGAUAAUACGUUAUCUUUAAGGGGUUUAUUUCUUAUAGAUAAAGAAGGUAUAAUAAGACACUGCGUUCAAAAUGAUUUGCCUCUUGGUCGCAACGUUGAAGAAGCUUUACGUAUGGUCGACGCACUUCAGCAUGUUGAGAGUUCGGGAGACGUAUGUCCUGCUAAUUGGACAAAAGGGAAAAAAUCUAUGAAGCCUUCGAUGGAAGGCGCUGCAGAUUACCUUAGUACAUUGUGAGUAAAAUAAAAAGGGGAAAAUGAGAAACAAACCAUUUUGGUACCUUAUGUGUUAUUAAAUUAAAUCCUUCAGUUUUUAAAAUUUCAAAGAAAAACAACGAAUAAUUCAUAAAUUCUUUUUUCUUUACUAUGGGCGAAAAAACGAAAAUAUUUCCAUUUAGUUUACGUGAAAACAAUUCAAAUUUAUGACAAUUACA